UCUCACACAAAUAUGCAAUGUUAACUUUGAAUUGUUAGAUUAAUGAGAAACCUCGUUAAUAAAUAUAAUAUAUUUACAAACGUUAUUUAUAUUUAUAUAUAAAUAAUGUUUGUAAAUAUUAAAAAAUAAAAUAUUUUUUAAUCUUUUAUAAUAAUAAAAGCAGAAUAAAUACUUAUUGAUAAAAUCGAAAUAAUUAAAAUUAAAAUUUAUUAAUAUUGUAAGUAUGUGUGCUUCAUAGAUGACAUCAAAGAAUAUAAUCUUUUAAAGUGCAAGUUCUUAAACCAACUUUCAAUUUUUUAAUGAUAUUUGGGUGCUGGCGACCGCAUUCUUGGUCAUCGUUACAUAAACGCUUAGCCUACGACGUGUAUACGAGCACAAUAUUUUUAUUAGUAAACACCUUUAUGAUAUCGCAAUUGGUAGAUGUAAUCCUGACCUUGAGUAAUGCUGAAGAUAUUUCCGAUAAUUUUUUUACUCUAAUCGCUUUGUGCUCUGCUUGCUGUAAAUUACUUGUUUUGUUAAUAAAUCGCAAAAGCAUUAUUAUGCUAGUCGAUAUACUGAUGGAUAAACCCUGUAGACCAUCGGAAUCGACUGAAAUAAAAAUUUUGUAUAAAUUUGAUAAAAGCAUACAGUAAGUAGAGUUAAAUUAAAUGAUAUAAUAAUGUUUUAUUUAAUGAUAUUAUAACUAUUGAAACUGAACAUACAUGUAUUAUUUUGCAUAAUGAUUUAAUUUACUUACUUUCUUUUAUUAUUUUAACAGUUUUAAUAUGCUUAAUUAAUAAAUUAUUUUUUAUUAUAAAUAAUAUUAUGAAGUAGAAUAUAAUAGAUAUAGAGUUAUUAAAAAUUAACUAUUUUUUAGAAUUAGCAGAAAAUAUAUUUUUUAAUUAUUUUAGAAUUAAUACUUGGCGUUUUAUACAUCUGGGAAUAGUAACAGUGUCAAUUGUGAUAUUGUCUUCUUUAUUUAUGAACUUCAGAAAUAAAAAAUUAAUGUAUAAAGCUUGGGUGCCCUUUGAUUAUUCGUCGGCAAUACUUUUUUAUAUAACGUACACCCAUCAAAUGAUAGGCAUGAUUGCCAGUUAUGAAAUGGUUGAAAAAAUUUUCGAAAUAAAGUGGAUGACAUUAAACGAAAAUAGUAAAAAAUCUUUAAUGAUAAUAAUGAAACGAGCCCUUGUGCCUAUUCAAAUAAAGUGUGCCUAUACUAUUCCUAUGAAUCUCAAUUCCUUCAUGAAUAUACUUAAGAUGUCGUACUCUACUUACAACUUACUUCAACAUAUGGAUAAAUAAUUGUGAAAGAUGUCAACAAAAUUGCUACUGGAAUUUGCUACUCAUAUUACAAAAUCAAUUUAAGAAAGGGAAAAAAAAAUGAAAGUAGAUAGUGACAAUUAGUCUUCAGAAUUAACAUUUAUAUUACGUUAUAGAAAAUAAACACUCGUUUUCGAGUGUAUUUAAAAUACGAUAUUAAUUUUAUAUAUUACAUCUUUUUUAUAAUUUCGUACUUAUUAACAUCUUUUUUGUUCUUUCUACUAUCGGUGUAAUACUAAUUGUGAAUAAUGCUAAUAAAUUUUUUGAUAAUUUUUUUGUA